UGUCUCCGGAAGGGGAAAAGCAUCUGUUGAGAGCUCGCUGGAGGAAGGCGCGCACUCUUUGGAGCAUCUGUUCUCUACUUCUUGUUUAUCUAGGGUUUUUUAAGGAUCCGGACGAGCACGCUAGGAAGCUGUUAGAGAGUUUGCAGAAAGAAGCACAAGGACGAAAAAGGAAGGACAAAGAAGAAAGCCAAAGGAGCGGAGAGAGGAGAGGUGAACCUGGCCGAAGCGACAUGUUUGGCAUGAUCAAGAAUUCGCUCUUCGGAAACACCGAGGAGACGGAAUAUAAACUGCUGAGCAGCGAGACAAAGGAUGGGGUUAGCUUUGAGGUGCGGCGGUAUGAUGGUGCCAAAUACGCUGUUGUCUCCUCUGAGGGACGAAGCUUUGACCAAGUGACAGGAGAGCUGGUGAGGAAGCUGCUCAUGUACAUCGGCGGGAGCAAUGAACAAGGUGAGGCCAUGGGUACAGCAGCUCCCAUAAUCAUCACAGUGUACCCACGGAAUGACGGUGUCCUGUCUCGCCGUUUGGUGGUCGCCAUCCGCAUCCCGUCCACCUACCAGCAAGAAGCCCCGACUCCCUCCGACAGUGCCAUCAAGAUUGAGGAGCGGCCCGGCAUGACCGUCUACGCUCUGCAGUUUGGAGGCUUUGCAGCAGAGAGUGAGUACCGAGCAGAGGCCUUGCGUUUGACACGCACCCUGGGUGAGACCGCCCCCUUUCAGCGCAAGCAGUACUUCUGCUGUAGCUACGACCCGCCACUCAAGCCUUACGGACGCCGCAAUGAGGUGUGGUUUCUACAGGAAGAGCCAUAGGAGCCAUUUGCUCAGAUCUGAGUCAAAUCUCAUGCUGAAUUCAACCUUUAUUACCCUUCCACUAUAUCAACAAUCCUGUAGCUCUAACAGUAUUUCAUUGGUAAGAGGUGACUUGAUAUACCUUCGAACCCAAAUGGACAGAUAGAGAUUAUCCAUGUUGCCUUUACCCAUCUGAUCUUCUGCUUGUAGCUACAUUGAAGUUAGACAUUCAAGCCAUGGGACAUUUCGCAUGUCAGUAUCACAUUUCUAUGUUUUUGUUUCCAAUUUAAAAUCACCCCUUGCUCCAACAAUGUGGGAUGAGAGUGAUGAAAGGCUUAUGGACAAGUUAAAGUAUUUAUUGGUAUAGGUGUCAUUCAGAGUUUUCAUUCGAAAGGUUGUCACUGCUGUCGCAGCAAGAAAAGAAAGAGGAAAUAAAAAGAAAAUAAAUUGAACACAAAGAAACUUGAAAUUACUACAAGGAAAUACAAAAGCAUUAUAACACUACAAAGAGAUUCACAACGACUAUAAAAAGGGGCAAAACAACCACAGAGACUCAAAAUGUCUACAAAAAACACACCAAAUGACCUCAACAAGACACACAACUACAAAAAGGGUUUAAAAAAAUUACAAAAUGUGCAAAAAAACCCACAGAUGAAUAACUACAGACCAAAAAAAUUAAAAAGUGAAACAAAAGAACUAAAGGACACAAAAUUACCAUGAAGAGACACAAUACCACAGAGAGAGGUGUAACGACUGCAAAGUGUUAGCUAGUUAGUUAACGAGUUAGCUACAUAGAAACAAGACAUGCAUAAUAGUUGUUUAGCCUCUUUUUUAUUGUUGUUUUGUAUUUUAGACUAUUUGAGACUAUUCAUUUUUUUUAGAAUUACAAGUUUGUCCUGAAGGGUUGCUAAAGUCCCUGCAGAGCUCUCACCUCCCUAAAGAACACACAGUAGGGCUUUGCACAUCUUUUAUCUAGUUUACAAUUUAGUGACGGCUUCAGAGAAAUGUAUAGAAUUAAUAUUAGAUACAUGGUAGUAAAAGCACACUUCCGUUUCCUGAGUAUGGAACUGGAAAGAAACAGGAGCUGAGCCAUAAAGUAGAACUAGUCUUUAUGAUUAAUGUGUGGACAGCUACGAGUGGACAUUAGCUAGCUAGCUAUAGGUGUUAUGAUAAACUCUGUGAUUAUAUGUUGAUCUAGGAAGCAUUUGUGUGUAGUGAAUAUUUUGUGUUUUAGUGCAUGACAAUGCCAUCUUUAUUUAUUGAGACUGAUUUAACUGUUAUGUGAUACAUCUGUAUUGUGUGAUUAUAAUGUUUGAUAGUGUUUCAUAACAUAAUAAAUGUAUUAUUCAGUAAGAGUGCGGAUCAUUCUAGU